AUGUUACGUCGCAAGCCUACAGUCAUAGCAGUUACAUCAGAGGACAUUGCAGCCUUUGAAGAAAUGCGGCUUCGCAAAAUCACAGAAGACACAUACAAGAAUCCACACAUUAAAAGCAGCUCCAACGCCACUAAUUUCGAUCCAAAUGACGAGUUAAAACCUCUACCGGGCGACAAAGCAAGGAUUGUCCGAACUCGAGAAGACCGUAUUGGUAUCAAUCGACGCAACUAA